AUGGACACGAUGAUCUCACCCAUAGAUGAGGCAAAGUCGUCGACACCUGCGGUGGACGAUAUCCUGAACAGGACGCGAGAAUUCAUCGACGUGCUCAAACUGCUAUCUAAGUCCCAAUCUCCUUCGCAACCUGCUCCGGCCCAAACUCGUCAGGAAACCUGGAAGCGCCGUCCCACGCAAUCGAGCGUAGGCCACGCGAGUAGCGAUUUUGACAAUGGCAUUGGCUUGGACUCACCCACAGACUCCGUCAGCUCUACGAUACCCUCACUUCCUGCAACUUCCAAUCUAAGUACUGUUCCAACACUCGACUCUGCUUCUCUACUUGCAAUCCUGAGCAUAUACAUACAGGUGCUCCGGCUACAUCUGGUCCAUUUUGCUCACAUCCACGACCUACUUACGGAAAUCUCGGAAAGUGACGCAGCUUUCCGAUACUCUGGUAACCUUCGUACCAUUAUUCUGAUCCAGAUUGUAACCAGUCUUUUUGAGCGCACGGAAACACUGCUUGGGCUCCCACGCCAGUUUCGACUUGACGGGCGUGGAGAAGAGUCUCGUGGCUUGUUUGUGCAUCAUGGAUUUAUGGAAAUAGCCGGUCCUAUCAUAAAUAAAGAGGAGGUCGGGGCUUUGGAGAACGGCAAAGGAGGUGUCAAGGCCCUUCGAAAACAUCUCAAGAAGACGAAAAAGUUGCUCAGGGAAAGCAUUGCACCGUAG